AUGGGCGGCGGUACUAGAGACGAGGCUACUGACGCCCGUUACUACGGUCUGCGAGUGUAUCCCUUAGUUGAUGUGCUUUCCCGCGUUCCGCUUCCUCCACUUUGUCCUCUGGCAGGUGUUUCAAAAAAGUGGCGCUGCGUCAUCGUUCCAAAAAUUAAUGAGGUGUCCGAACACGUGAGUGGCGGUAUCUGCAGCGUCGAUAGAACAGGGGAAAGUGAGGCGUUAAAGUUCCUUGAUUCGGGUGUUCCUUGUCGCCUCGGCCGCUGGCGUAGUGAAGCAGUUUAUGGAAUCACUGGCUCCGAUGGUAUGAAGUUUGUGACUGAUUCUCGUUGGAAUGAGUUCCCGAAACCAAAAAUUGCUUUCAAGGCAGGAUGGGCUGGGCCGGGCACACACAUGGAAUCACCGGCCUAUUAUCAACUCAUAUCUUCGUUCAAAGAUGUUUUCGAACGCGCCCCUAAAGGGGAAAAGACGAGUGAAGCACCUGAUAUUCCUGUUGAUGGUGAGGCUGCCACGGCGGAAACUAGGGAUGAGGAGGAGGAUACGGUCGUGCCAAACAUUCUGAAUCUGCAGUUGUUUCAUCGGGAGGAUCCUUCCAAAUGUCCGGCUAUACCAGUGCUUGGCGAAAGUUUGGUGUGGCCCAGCUUUUUAGAGGAUGGAGCCAUUUGCGACAACGCAACUCGUUUAUCACAGCGUGGUGCGGUAACAUGGUGGCACUUGGAUGAUUCGGGUGAGUUCGUUCAGCAAACAGCCCUACCUCUGAAGACUUCUAAUGGUACCUUUUUGCCGCCGCCUCUGACGACGCUGCCCGAGAACCAGCGCAAAUACUUUACCGACAUUGAUCGGGAGUUGUACUGCGUCGAUGACACUGCUGAGAGUAUUCCCGUAAAGCUGUUUCUGUACGGACCAAAAGAAAGCUACGACUGGUUUAUGCAUGACGGUGAGUCUGCCACUUCUGGAAAAGUUGCAGCACUAGACAUUUUCAACACCCCUGAUGAGGCACUGCCUGGUGAUCCGACCUUGUUGCCCAUAAUUCAUGUUGCCCUUCUGGAGAGCGGUAGCCGACCCCUUAUUUCUCCCCCUAACAUUCCCCAUAUUGUCGUAACGUUGAAUGACUGUAUUAUGGUGGAACAGCGACGGCUGGCUUAUUUGUUUAUGGAAGAAAUAUCUUACUUUUUACAAAAAUGUGCUCAUUGGAGUGAUAACCCGAUCAUCUACGAUCACGUUGAAACUGAUUUACAGGAUGAGUCGUUUGUUGCUGGGCAGCUCAUUCCCCUUUUAAUGAGUGUGUUUUCUGGACACAGUGGUUUGAAUCCAUAUGAGGAAACAAUUCGCCGGCGGGUGGUGAUGGCUCUCUUCACUCUAGCAACGCAUGAGAAGCACUAUAAACUUUCUACUGACUCCCGGAGUUCGCUCCAUACACUUUUACAUGGAGGAAACGCAGAAAUGAGUGCUAUCCUCCGGCAGGCCGUUUCUUACGGUAGGCGUGUCGUCUCACUCGAGGACCGCCUGAAGGCGUACUGGGAAGUUGAGCAGUAUUGGCCGAAGCCGGGUUGCGUGAUGAGGGUGCCCUUACUUACACCACCGCAGCUGCUCUCAUCAGAAAUUUUAGCGAAGCAAGUUACUGUUGACUGGUUCGUGCCUGUCGUGUACGCGGCUUCUUCGCCCGUGUUUGGAGCGGAGAAGAACAGUGUGGAGGAAGUAUCUGAGCAAUAUUUCACCAUGGCUAAGCUCUCUGGGAAACGACAGGAGUUACUGGCCUACCUUCGGACACGGGUAGAGAGGGACUCAAUACUGGACGAAUUAUUUUGA